UGUCCGAGCUUCAGGAGGAGGGCAUGAACGCCAUCAACUUGCCCCUCAGCCCCAUCCCCUUUGAGCUGGACCCUGAGGACACCAUGCUGGAGGAGAAUGAAGUGCGAACGAUGGUGGACCCAAACUCACGCAGCGACCCCAAACUUCAAGAACUGAUGAAGGUAUUAAUUGACUGGAUUAACGAUGUGUUGGUUGGAGAAAGAAUCAUUGUGAAAGACCUGGCUGAGGACUUAUAUGACGGACAGGUCCUGCAGAAGCUGUUUGAGAAACUUGAGAGCGAGAAGCUGAAUGUCGCUGAGGUCACCCAAUCAGAGAUUGCUCAGAAGCAAAAGCUGCAGACUGUCCUGGAGAAGAUCAAUGAAACCCUGAAACUUCCUCCCAGAAGCAUCAAGUGGAACGUGGACUCUGUUCAUGCCAAGAGCCUGGUAGCCAUCCUGCAUCUGCUGGUUGCUCUGUCCCAGUAUUUCAGGGCACCAAUCCGACUCCCAGACCAUGUUUCCAUCCAAGUGGUUGUGGUCCAGAAACGAGAAGGAAUCCUCCAGUCUCGGCAAAUCCAAGAGGAAAUAACUGGUAACACAGAGGCUCUUUCGGGAAGGCAUGAACGUGAUGCCUUCGACACCUUGUUCGACCAUGCACCAGAUAAGCUCAACGUGGUGAAAAAGACUCUCAUCACUUUCGUGAAUAAGCACCUGAAUAAACUGAACCUGGAGGUCACAGAACUGGAAACCCAGUUUGCAGAUGGGGUGUACCUGGUGCUACUCAUGGGGCUCCUGGAGGGCUACUUUGUACCCCUGCACAGUUUCUUCCUGACCCCAGACAGCUUUGAACAGAAGGUCUUAAACGUCUCCUUUGCCUUUGAGCUCAUGCAAGAUGGAGGGUUGGAAAAGCCAAAACCGCGGCCAGAAGACAUCGUCAACUGUGACCUGAAAUCCACGCUGCGAGUGUUGUACAACCUCUUCACCAAGUACCGGAACGUGGAGUGAGGGGCAGACUGGACCGUCCUCCGAGCCACCUUAACCUGCUUAUUCCUGUCCCCUGCUCUGUGCUCUCCCACAAGUCCAGCUAUAACCCAGAGAUAGUGGGAACUGAAUUAGGAAGGAAAUGAUCAGUCACUCGGUGGGGUGGGCUGACCCACACCUCCCAGGCCCUGGGGUCUGACCCGGCAAUGGCCUAGGAAGAUUUUCACCAAGCUGGUGCUGGGUCCAGAUUUCCCUCAAUGUGAUUUGAACCAGCUAAGACCCAAGAGACCCCCACAGAAGAUGAAAAUAAAGAUAAUAGUUACCAUUUAAUGGGUGUAAACUAUGUGCCAGACACCACACCAAGUGCUCUGAUGUGUUCAAACUCAGUAGUCCUCAUGACUUCAGUUGAAGCAGGUGUUACACUCCCCUUUUACAGAUGAGGAAACAGGCUCAGAGAGAUAAAGUGACUUGCCAGAAAUUGGCAUUUGUUUUUCCUCUCUGAACAACAUAUAUAUUUAUUAACAACUAACCAAUUACAUCACAGACUUUGCAUGUCCUGUAGUUGUGUGUAUGUGUGCACGUGCACCCACGAAGAAGACAGGAGCCCACUGACCUCACCACCGAGCAGGCCAGGGCAGGGCUUAGUGAUUCUCACUCAAAUUGGAAAAUCCAAUUUAACCCAAUUAAUAGUGCGUGUGUGGCAGGAAUCAUGUCCCUCAACUCCUUUGUACAAAUGAAAAUUACUACUCUUAAUUCCUUCAGAUUUGAAAUAACCCCGUGCUCUGGUUUCAGGGUGACAUUUGGGAGGGAUUCUGUUUAAAAUUAAUGGAGUGACACCUUUUACAGCCUUUUUGCUUGAUUGCAUGUAAUGGAAGUGCCCCAUAUUUUCCUGCAAAAUAACUACUCAAUUCAUUAUCAUUAGGCAAAUGUACAAUAUACUCCAGCGCCACGGAGAGCUCGGCCCAGGCCCACAUGAGCAUGGCUUGGGAAGUAGGGCUCUUUACCAGGGACCGUUGAACUUUAAAGAAAGGAACUCCUUUUUGCCCUCUAAUUGAUCAUUUAGACCGUUUCUGGCUAAGUCUGCCCACAUGCAAUUACUGGCUAAUUCAGGCGAGGAAAAAUGUAAGUCAUUCAGACCCAGGCCGAGCGGUUUCCUUGCGUGGGCUACUGGCGGGCUUGUGGGGACUUGCGUCCCCGCUCUGUGAACCCAGCUUGGAAAUACAAGGCUCGAGUUGUCCCAGGCCGCCGGGUCCUGUGUGAAUAGCAAAGGGGCUAAAGUGGGGGUGACUGGGAGGACAGGAAGCAUGGGGAAAACACUCGCACACUUAAAAAUAAGGAAAUACCCUCAGAUGAGGGACAGGGCUUGUGGGGCUUACAGCCUUCGUAAAUUGACCAAGGCCUUGGGGUAAGUAAGAAUUCUUACUGGUAUAUCUUCAUUAUAGAAUCUUCCCAAAUAUGCCAGAUGGACCCAGCCUGUGUACCCGCCUCCAGAAAUCUGUGCCCAUUGCACAAAGUCCUCUCCUAGUCUGAGGAAUUCAUUUGGAUCUCUGUCUACACCACCCAGAAUUAGGUCCCCCAUAUUGUCCAAAACAUUUCCUUCCAGCUCUCUACCAUCCAUCUGCAGUAGCUCAGAGCCCAUAAAAUUUAGAGAUACUACAUAUUUUUUGGAUAUUUCGCCCUAAGAAAGAAUUGUUACUCAGCACAACGAGCAUUUAAGAUAUAAAGACAAUGUAGUCUUGUUCCAGUUUAUGGAAAGGGACACAAUUAUUUUUUACAAAAUUGGUGAACUGUUGUGUUUUUCCUUAGGAGACGCUAAAUGCUGUAGUAUUUGCUUGUUUUCUUUUAAAUAUCCGAUAGCCAAUCAAGAUACGCCAUUGCCUUGUCUCCCUGAGCAGUAAAAGCGGAUGAAACGAGCGGUACAUACGCUUAAACAUGCUUUGCUCUACGGAUUUUCUUGUUUUGUCUUUUUUUUCGUAUAUCAAGCUGCAAAUGCCCGAUGUAACGAGUGCCCUUGGUAAGAGCUCUCCUUUCUGUAUUUUACAUAUACACCGUGCGAAAACGCUUGGGAAGUUUAGUAACAGAUCUAAUUUGUCAGAAAAUUGUGUUUCAAGAAGGAGGCCUUAGCCUCAGCCCAGAGUCCCAGGACCUGGGCCUGCGUUUCUCACCCUGUCGUCUUGUUUAGAGAUUUUCCUCUAGAUUCUCCUGCUCAAUACAUGAGCAAGGUUUUAAAGGGGGAAAAGGCAUCAGAGCAAUAAAUAAAACGAACUUAACCUUCGUCUCUUAAAAAAAAAAAAACUGAAACAAAUCUAGUCUCUAUAGGCUCACUUGUUUUCUAAGCUUAAAUUCAUUGAGAUUUUUAAUAGUUAAAACAUAAAUGGUGCAAAAUUCAAGAAGCGGGCAUGGGUAUCUAGGGGAAAAAACUAAAUUUUCCUCCCUUCUCUCCCCCAGCAGCCAAUACCCCUCUUUAGAGGCUGUCGAGGGGUAUUUGAUCCAUUUCUCACAUUCACUUCCAGAGACAAUCCAGCCCUAAAAAGCAUCGACAUACAAAUAAAAUUGUUGGCUUUUUAAAAACAUAAAUAGCAUAUUAUUAUAUAGACUAUCAGGCACAUUGCUUUUUCUCAAUGUUAUCUGUUGGAGAUUAUUUACACUGAGGAUUAAAACAUUUCGCAUUUUAAAAA